UGUAUCAGCUAGAAACAGUCAGACGGUCAUUUUGGACAAAACCAAUUCUUUAGUUCGUCCAUAAAACAUCUUAGAACAAAAAUUUCACGCAACGAAAACAGCCAUCUUGUAUUAGAUUUAUUGUGUUAUUCUACUGCUGAGUAGCUGGCUUAGUUGUAUAAUCUACAAAAAAGAAAAUGUGCAGCAAUGUCGUGAAAUGUAGCGAAAAUAUGUUGACGAAUAUUUUCAUACCAGUGAUCAAAACAAGUCGCUGCUAAUGUGCAUAAUGGCUUCGAAUAGAUAAGUUCGCGGUUAAGUUGCUUGGCUAAGCAUAAUUAAUGCGGAGGUAUUCAAAAAAUGAUGGCUUUUGAGAUUCCAAAGGAUCGGGUUGUGACAUGUUUUCUUCCAUGAUGUUCUUACACAAACACACAUGAAAGAGCAGUGGAAAAAUGUAAACAAAAACCAACUUUGGCAAAAUAACGACAAAUAGUGCUGCCAGAUCAGCAGAACAUACUAUUUUACAGCACUCAAAUUGGAAUUGAUUAUCAUCUCGCAGUAAUAAUAUUUAAAUUAGAUUCGUUAGGCGAAGGUGAGGCGAGACAUGCAUUGGUACUACAAACUACUCGCGCGUCGGCCACUCUUUGUGAUAAUUGCGGUCGGAGUAUUUUCCGUUGCGUGUAUUGUAGUAGCGCUCAUCACUAAUAAAUUACCUGAUUUCGGUGAUCCAACGCUAGGGUUCGAAGCCCGAGGAACCUCGAUUGGGAAACGUUGGACAGCCUGGCGCAAUCUACUGGAAGAGACGAGUCCUUCCGGGCGGUUGAUUGCGAAUCCCAAGGAAUUGAUAGAUCAUAUCACAACAGAUUUUUACAGCGGCUUCCAUAAACACAAGAAGAAGAAGGACCGAAAGAAAGCGCACAAACAUUUGAAGAAACAUCACAAGCUCGGAAAAAAUAUUAGAAUUUUAAAGGAGCUUGGCUUCAAUAAGUCGUCAAACGGUGAAAUAAUCAGCUUCGAGGAAUAUGACAAUGAUACAUUCGUUAGUAGACACGACAAUUGGGAGUAUGGUAAGAAUAUGCCUUUUUAUGCUGAAGAGAAUAGCAACAAAACGAUGGAGAAGAAAAGAGCUAAGUGGAAUACCCUCAGGAAUUUGAAUCCACCUCUAGACCCUUACGAAGUGCACAUUCCUGCAGAUGGAUUUUUCUGCGAGUCGCCGAAUAAAGAUUUUGCUCACUUCGUGGUACAACGUGUUAAUCAUAAUCUAAGCGAUACCCUGUUUGAGCUGAAUGCAUUCCUGGCGAUGUGUGAUCUGGAGCAGCGUAUCAUCAACACAGAGCAAUAUACGGAUUUGUGCCAAAAGGAAUUGACCAGUGACGACUGCUGUCGGCCGUGGUCGAUAGCUAACUAUGUUACUUUCCUGUCUAACAAAUCAUCGUGUUUCGAUCUCAAUGAGGAGGAUAUCGCUAUGGUGAAAACACUGCUGUUCGACUGCUUUCAGUAUUACCACAAUAUGAAACUAAGUAAUGAUUGUGUUCGCUCGAGUUGCGUAGUACCGAAAGAGUGCAAAUUGCACAAUGCCGUUUACAAUAUUUUGCACUAUCUUGCAGACGUGGAUUUCAUCAAAUUGAAUGAAUCAGCGGAAUUUCUUAACGUUACUAUGAUUUUUAUUCCAAUUGCCAGAAGUACCAAAUCGUUGGAAUUUUAUCAUAAUCUACAACCCGAGAAUCUUUCCAACGAACUGGUGGCCGUGGUGGCGAUCGAUAUGGGCCUAAAGAAUGCUCUUUUCGACGAAUGUUUGCUGCGCGACGGAUGGCUUGUCGGACUGGGUGGAAUCUUCGUUGUAAUUUCUAUGUGGCUUUAUACACGAUCACUGUUCGUAACUUUGAUGACAGUAGUGGCUGUGAUAUUUUCUCUUGGCAUCGCCUACUUCAUAUAUACGCUUAUCUUUGAGUUGUCGUUCUUUCCAUUCAUGAAUUUGCUAGCGGUAAUCGUGGUUGUCGGAAUUGGUGCUGAUGAUGCGUUUAUAUUCCUAAAAAUUUGGCAAUGCGUCAUCACGGAUCGAGUGAAGGCCACUGGGGCAGUCGUAUCGCUAGGUCCUUCCACGUCGUCAUUUUCCUCGGAUACUACAACGGUUCGGGGGGACACACUAGUCGCAUUGAUGGCCAGUACACUGAGACAUGCGGCACUUUCCAUGCUUGUUACAUCGCUGACUACCGCGGCAGCAUUUUAUGCGUCGUACGUUAGCUCAAUAACAGCGGUUCGAUGCUUCGGCAUAUUUUCUGGUACAGCCGUGAUGGCCAAUUAUUUUCUGAUGGUAACCUGGUUGCCGGCUUCUGUAUCGAUCGCCGAAAGGGUGUCUUGUGUUUCGUUAGCAAAGCCCGUGAAGGUCGUUGUCGAGAAGCUUGGAUAUCCCUUCAAAGCAAUUAGUCAAUUAGGUAGAAAGAUAGAAGAUAUCAUAAUAUCAUUAGUAAUACGUGUACCUUUGUUGUGGAUUGUGUUGUUAGGUAUAACAGGCAUUUUAAGUGGUGUAAUGGUGCUACACUGGCCAAAACUGCGAUUGCCAGACUCGCCAGACUUCAAACUGUUCGUCAGCAGUCAUCCAUUCGAGCGGUACGAUAGUGAAUAUAAAGAUAUGUUUUGGUUCGAAAAAGUUUACAGUACAACGGACACCUUCAAAUUACCACUCCGCUUCGUGUGGGGCGUGAAGCCAAUCGAUAGUGGCAACUUUUUGGAUCCCGAGAAGCGAGGAGCUCUCUUCUUCGACGAGAGCUUCAACAUGAGCGCACCCGAAUCGCAACAGUGGCUGCUCGAUUUUUGUAAGAGUUUGAAAAAUCAAACAUUCUACCAGAUGAGCUACGGUUUGCUGCUGCCCAACUGCUUCAUCGAGAACUUCAUAAACUGGAUGUCCCGCCGGUGUAACGAUUCGAUGCGUGAGAUAGACCGAACGCCGUGCUGCGAGGUGUCGCCUUUCCCGUUCGCACCGGAAGUGUUCGACCAGUGUCUUCCCGAGUCGAUACUGAGCUUGUACGAGACACCGAGGGAGUUCUUCAUCCCAGGAGUAGCAGGGCCCAAGUUUGUGCGACAAUCGUUCAACAAUGGUACAGGUGCGCCUCUUGUGAAAGCUGUAGUGAUUGAGUACGAGAGUAAUCAAAUUUUUACGAUGUCAUAUUCGGAGAUCGAUAACUUUGUAAGAACCGUUGAAAAGUGGUUCGCUGGUAUGUUGGGAAAUGCUCCUCCGGAAAUGCAGAAUGCCUGGUUCAUCAGUGAGUUGGAAUUUUUCGAUUUGCAGGACACGCUAUCUACCGGAACUAUGAUAGCAAUCUGUAUGGCGAUGGCGGUAGCUUUAUUGGUUCUGAUGCUUGUAACGUUAAACGUGUUAAUUAGUGUGUACGCGAUAGUGACGGUUACGUUUACGAUCCUGACAACCGUAGCCGUUUUAGUGUUAUUGGGCUGGAAAUUGAAUGUGUUAGAAAGUGUUGCUGUUAGUACUGCUAUAGGUUUGGCGGUAGAUUUUAGCUUACAUUACGGUGUCCACUACAGACUUUCAACCGAGUCGGACCGAAAGUCUUCUACGCAUUACUCGCUAACCAGAAUGAUUGGUCCGACGGCAAUGGCAGCGCUAACCACUGGAAUGGCAGGAGCGUUGAUGCUUCCCUCCAAGGUACUUGCCUACAUCCAAAUCGGAGUGUUCCUGGUAAUCGUUAUGUCUAUUAGUUGGAUUUAUGCUACAUUUUUUCUGAUGAGCUUACUGAGGUUGGUCGGGCCACAGUUUGGAUUCGGUCAGUUCCGUUAUCCGAAGCUGAGAGCUAAUUUGCGCGAAAAUGCCAAAACACAGUUGGACGGAACGAACCGAUUGAAUCACCAUAAUCAAAACACGGUUUCAGAGCAGUUGCUGUCGAAUUCCAGCUCGGCAGCGGGUGAGCUGGUCGGGUCCGAAUCGCACGAGCUUGACUCGUUAACGUCUAAUUCGAUCAUAAAACCAAUCAAUCUAGAUAUAUCAAGACCCAUCAAUUUUGAUCGAGCUUUCAAGAAAAAAUACUCACUUCCCAGGGAGCACAGCCCGUCGACGGCCAGUGCGAUAACGGUGGUUUUACCGGAUGAUGUGGAUUUCAAGAGCGGAUAAAAGAUGCCACAAAAUUCGGCUCGAUCAAUGUACAAUGGAGAGAAAGAGAGAUUUAGUUUGACGUUCCGGUACUUUUGCCGUUCAAAUAUUCAUUUACAAACAAACGUAUUAUAAAUAUGUGUAACAAAUGUUAAGAUGACAAAUUUUAUUCAAAUGAAGAGCAAUGCAUUGCUGGUAGGAGGAUUGGAUGGAUUACUGCACAGUUUAUUCGGAAAGUAUAGGUUUUAUAUCAGUCAUUAUUGAAUAAUGUAGGAAUACUAUUUAUUGUUGUAGUUAUUGAGUAACACAAGCGUAAACUAUUGCUUCAAUUUUGAUGUGAUGAAAGAGUGAGUCUAAUAAGUUGAAGCACUUUCUUGCAAUUUUUACUAUAGUGAUUUUUGUCCACUUAUUUAAACAUAAGGGCAAACGUGAGUCGCGUUUUACGAGCGUGUAAAUGUAUUUUUAGAGCUCCUUCUGUUGUAAGUGUAAUCACUUGAAGACAAAUAUUUGACAAGUAUCUCGAGUGCAUGCGUUAAAUAACGGGUUCAUUUGUGGAAAAGUUAAAUUUAAUCAAACGAGGUGGAAAUCCGUCCAUGGGUGUUUCUUCCAUGAGUCCUCAAUAAUACUCUAACAAUUCCAGCAGUUGAGAGUCCUAUGAAGGUUUUUGGUAGUGAUCUAUGUAAUCUCAUAUGUUUGAGGAAUUGCUCAAUUUGUGUUUUCCUCAGAACAAUUUUUAAAGUUGAUUUUAGAUUGAACUAAGAAAGAUUUCUCAAGGUUAUUUUUUAAAUUAUAAAUGUUAAUUUAUCGGAAUACCAUCAUAAAUCUUUACAGAGUAAGGGGUCUUAUACUUAUUAUAGAGCUGAACGAGAAAGACGCGAGCACUGCAAGUGCUCGCCUUUUAUUGUAAUAAAAUGCUUACUUAGCUUAUAUGCUAUAUGACGCGCGCGAGUUUA